GGUGGUGAGCAUGGUGACCUUGGCUGCAGGGUCUUCGUAUGUGCUUCAGGCCUGGCUUUUCUUGUUAGCAUUUAUGAGCAGCAGAGGCUGUUUCCUAGAGCUGUUUUGAUGGCAAGUCCUGUUUACUUCAUGUUUUCACAAGUGCAUUGGUUUUGCCCUGGUGCUCACAAGCGUGGGGUGAAUGUUGGAUGGAAAUUGAAGUGUUGGCUGGGGAGGAAGGAGCAGCUGAAACUUGAUAUAGGAAAGAAGCAUUCCUUAUCUGAGGGGCUCAGCCAUUCCUGCCUGCCAUAUCAGCUGGGAAAAUGCUACCGGUGCUUUUAAAGCUAUAGCACAGGUUUGGGAUGCCUUCUGAUUUGCACAGUUCGAGCUGUUCUCCCUUUUCACUAAUGCUUCAGGCACAGCGGGUUCCAAAAGGAAGGAGCACUGGAAGCUCCUUGGCAACCUGAAGACCACAGUGGAAGGUUUGGUGUCUAUAAGCAACCCAAAUGUCUGGUCCAAGUAUGGCGGCUUGGAACGGCUCUGCAGAGACAUGCACAGCAUCCUCUACCAUGGGCUCAUGCAUGACAAGGUGUGCUGCAGACAGAAGGAUUACUGGCACUUUGUGAAGGACAUUCGCUGGCUGAGUCCAGGCUCUGCUCAUCAUUUGGAGAAGUUCAUCAGCCUGCAGGAGAGUGGCCAGCGUGACCCCGAGGGCCCAGGGGACCAGGCCAUUGCGCAGCUGUGGCUGCAGCACAGCCUGCAGUGCCACUGCCUGUCAGCGCAGCUGAGGCCGCUCCUGGAGAACCGGCAGUACAUCAGGAAGUUCUACACAGAUACUGCCUUCCUGCUCAGUGACGCCCACGUCACGGCCAUGCUGCAGUGCCUGGAAGCUGUUGAGCAGAACAACCCCAGGCUUCUGGCUCAGAUCGACACUUCCAUGCUGGCCGGCACGUCACUGCCGUCCCUGUGCGCGUCAGACCCUUCUGCUGGGACAAGAGAGAUGUGUGAUCACAGUGGUGAGGGACACAAGAGCCAUCUGCCGGGAGCGCUGGGCUGCCUGGAUCAUUUCACUGAGAGCCUGCUUACCAGGAAGAGUGACAAUCCAUCUCCAGUGACAAAGAGUCAGAGCCUGACUGCCCUCCCUGCAUCCCCGAGUGUCCCUGCUGCCACCUGUGCACAGCAGCGCUGCUUUGGGUCCUUCUCCAGCCUCCAGCAUCCAGCCUCCUCUGGCCUCUCAGACAGGAGACCAGUGAGUUCCUGUGGCAGCUCCAACUCCAGCCAGCCCCAGGAGCACUGCCCGUCCACCCGGUCCUCCUCCUUCAGUGAGGGCAGGUCCCCUCUGGAGCAGCCCAGCUCUGUCACCCGCUUCCACGUCCCCUCACCCAAAGACCCCGUCUUUCCAGCCAGCGAGAUGAGCUCCAGCACCACCAGCCAGAGCGAGGACACUUGGACAGGGAGUCAGGAUGAUCCACAGAGUGAUGUUAAUGACGGGCCGGAGUACCUGGCCAUUGGGAACUCUGGACGCCGGGGCCGGGCAUGCAGCAGCACCAGCACCAGCAGCACCAAGAGCAGUAGCUCCAAACUCUUCUCCUCCAGCAGCUCCCAGAAGCUGGACUCAGUAUCAUCCCUGGGGGAGCAGGGAGCAAGUGGAGGUGGCAGCAGGGGCCUGAGCCUGUUGCGCCGGUCCAGCUUCUCAGAGGGACAGUCUUCAGCUCCACAGGGCAUCCUCAAGAAGAGCCAUGUGCGCUCACACUCUGACACCAACGUGACUUCUGGGAAGUUGCACGAGUCCCAUGGUGAUCCAAGUGGAGGGAGAGGGCCGGUCUCCGCUUCCACACAGAGCAGUGAACUGAGUACACCCAGCUCCCUCUACAUGGAGUAUGACUCUGGACAGUACCUGAGCUCAGGGGAAGGGAUGUUCAGGAGACCUUCAGAAGGGCAGUCCCUCAUCAGCUAUCUCUCUGAGCAGGACUUUGGCAGCUGUGCAGACCUGGAGAAGGAGAAUGCCCACUUCAGCAUCUCAGAGUCCCUGAUCGCUGCCAUUGAGCUGAUGAAGUGCAACAUGAUGAGCCGGCAGCUGGAGGAGGAGGAAGAAGACAGUGACAAGGAGAUCCAGGAGCUUAAACAAAAGAUUCGCAUUCGGCGCCAGCAGAUCCGCACCAGGCACCUGUUCCCUACCUGCCAGGAGAUGGGCUCAGACAGUCUCGUGGCAACAGACAGCGGGUCCCAGUUCAGCUCCCAUGGCUCCAUGCGGCUCUCUGACUCUGGCUCUGCAGAGGAUGUGGAAGAGUACGAGAUCCGAGAUGGUAACGAUGGAUCUAACCUGAUUCAAAUGUCCAAGAACGGCCUCUCAGUGUCAAUGGCUUCCUUGUUCUCAGAUGCAGACAUCAAGAGGAACCCAGACUCCAGCAGGAAGUCCUUUCUCUCCUCAGACUCCAUAUCCCACUCCUUCCUCAAUUCAAACUCGGCAGAGGCAGUGGCCAUGGGCUUGCUGAAGCAGUUUGAGGGCAUGCAACUCCCAGCUGCCUCUGAACUGGAGUGGCUGGUCCCUGAGCAUGACGCCCCACAGAAGCUCCUGCCCAUCCCUGACUCUCUGCCUAUCUCUCCCGACGAUGGAGAGCACGCCGACAUCUACAAGUUGAGGAUUCGGGUGCGUGGAAACCUGGAGUGGGCCCCGCCGCGACCGCAGAUCAUCUUCAAUGUUCACCCAGCCCUAGCGAGGAAGGUGGCUGUGGCCAAACAGAAUUACCGGUGUGCAGGCUGUGGCAUACGGACUGAUCCUGAUUACAUCAAGAGGCUGCGGUACUGUGAAUACCUGGGCAAGUAUUUCUGCCAGUGCUGCCAUGAGAACGCCCAGACCGUCAUCCCCAGCCGCAUCCUGCGCAAGUGGGACUUCAGCAGGUACUAUGUGAGCAACUUCUCCAAAGACCUGCUGAGCAAGAUCUGGAGUGAUCCACUCUUCAACGUGCAAGCUAUCAAUCCUGCCCUGUACCAGAAAGUGAAAGCUCUCAACCAAGUGCGGCUGCUGCGAAUCCAGCUUUUCCACAUGAAGAACAUGUUCAAGACAUGCCGGCUAGCUAAAGACCUCCUAGACUCCUUUGACACAGUGCCUGGCCACUUGACAGAGGAUUUGCACCUCUACUCGCUGAGUGACUUCAGUGCCAUCAAAAAAGGGGACCUGAUGCCUCGCCUGACAGAGCUCCUGAAGGCAGGCAGCCUGCACAUUGACAAGUGCAUGUUGUGCCAAGCCAAAGGCUUCAUCUGUGAGUUCUGCCAGAAUGAGGAUGACAUCAUCUUCCCCUUUGAGCUCAACAAGUGCAAGACAUGUGAAGAGUGCAAAGCAUGCUACCACAAAUCCUGCUUCAAAUCCACCCGCUGUCCCCGGUGCGAGCGUCUUCAAGCCCGGAGAGAGCUGAUGGCCAAGCCAAGCCUGGAGUCCUACAUCUCGGACUACGAAGAUGAGCUGGAGCAGCCGGAGGCAGUGGCAGCCACAUGAACAUGGUGCAGCCAAGGAGCAGAUCAUGAGUUUAUUUAUGUGCAUGGCCCUCAUCACCAGAGACUGAGCCACGCAGAUUGGGGAUGAGGAGGACUGUUGGGAGGCCUGGAGCACUGUCUUGAAGGGAUCUCUUUUUCCCUCAUGCAGUAGUGCUGGGCUGGGAAAGGAGCAUAUUCCACCAUGUGGAUCUGCUCCAGGUACCACUCCCACUUCCUGAUGCCUUUGCUUGGGGGGAGGCAGCUGCUCCUGCCUUCACUGCAGGCAGAACAGGGACCUUUCCCAAGCAGUUGUUCCUGCUGGACCUGGCAGGGUUGUGCUGUCCAUCCCUGUGCCCUGCUCUGAGCUGAGCAGGAUCCCCUGAAGGGUCAGCACGCUCUGGUCACCUCUGCUCCUUGGAGGAGAGAAUCAGAUCUCAGUCCUCUGAUCCUCCAUUCUGCUGCUGGGGGUUGUGUGCAUGGAGGGAGGGUGGGGUUUGGGGUAUAUUUAACAGCUCCCUUUCUCAAAUGUGCUGUGGGACACUGCUGGAGGGCAGUUACUGUCACUCCAGGAUCAGAGCAGAGGAGGUAGCAAUGAUGAAAAUGCCAGAUUUCCCUGUGCUACAGAGGGACAUUGCUCCUGGAGCAGCUGCACAAGUGGAUGUGCUGAUGGACUUUUGGCAGGCAGAUGCUCAUGGCUCCAUGGAAAUCUGCCUCCAUGGGAUGUGAGGCUUCUGACCCUACUUCCUUCUCAUGCUGCCAAUGUAUCCUACCAGGGAGAUAAUGUCCUUUAAGGAUGAC